AUGUCAAAUGCUACAUUAUCCGAUGUUUAUCAAUUGAAAUGUGCAGUACAAAAUUAUGAUUGGGGAAAGUUGGGUGAAGAAAGCAAAGUUGCUCAAUUUGCUGCAAAAACUCCCGAUGGGUUUAAAAUUGAUAAGUCGAAGGCUUAUGCAGAGCUUUGGAUGGGCACUCAUCCCAAUGGACCAAGUCUUCUCGUAAAAGACCAAACUACAUCCUUGAAAGAUGUGAUUGCACAAAAUCCAUAUUUUUAUCUUUCUUCAAAAAUUUCUCAGCAAUAUGAUAAUGAUCUGCCAUUCUUGUUCAAAGUGCUGUCUGUGUCAAAAGCGCUCUCGAUUCAAGCGCAUCCUGAUAAGAAACUUGGUCGAGAGUUAUUUGAAAAGUUUCCAAAGAUAUAUAAAGAUCCCAAUCAUAAACCUGAAAUGGCUGUAGCGAUCACUACAUUCGAAGCGUUAUGUGGAUUUCGUUCAUUAAACGAAAUCGCAAAUUAUCUAGAUGUCUAUCCCGAAUUCAGAGAGAUUGUAAGCAACGAAAUUGCUAACCGUUACAUCGAAACCGUUUCCCAAUUACCCGAGGAUAUUGAGCGCAACAAAGCCGCACUCAAAGAGUUAUUUGCAUUUCUGAUGACACAAGAUGCUAAUACUAUCGCAAAUCAAGUCAAGAGAUUAGCUACGAGAUUAACGGAAGAAAACGAACCAUCAAAGUUAGAGUCGGGAUCUGUUUCGGAAUUGGUAGUACGUUUGAAUCAACAGUUUCCUGGUGAUGUGGGAAUUUUUUGUGUCUUUCUCUUGAACUAUGUAAGAUUAGAACCUGGACAAGCAAUUUUUUUAGGCGCCAAUGAACCACACGCGUAUUUAUCCGGAGACUGUGUUGAAUGCAUGGCAGCCAGUGAUAAUGUAGUUCGUGCUGGUCUUACACCUAAAUUCAAAGAUGUAGACGUCUUGGUGAAAAUGUUAACCUAUCGCUAUGGCAGCGCCAAAUCACAAAUUCUACAACCAGAAUCGUAUCAACCAUCUAUAUCAAAACACUCGCUACUCUAUGACCCACCGAUAGACGAAUUCUCCGUGAUUUUGACACAAUUGCCUGCUGGGGAUAAUGAAGAACGUUUCGCACCGAUUAAUGGCCCUAGUAUUAUAAUUGUGACCGAGGGAUCAGGCAUUAUGAUAGUGGCUAAAGGCCCGGAAAAAAUUAUAGAAAUGGGAAAUGUUUAUUUCAUAGCUGCUGCUUCAAAAGAAGUCGUAUUGAGAUCAAAUGAAGGAUUAGUAUGUUAUCGAGCUUUUUGCUCAUAA